AUGUUACCAGCUGCCAGCGUUCGUCUCGGAAUCCAAUCCCGUAGCUUCUCAACUACCAGGACGAGACGCUCAUCAUCUGUCGACCCGAAAGCAGUAGCAGAGGCGUUCCUAAGCAAGUUUUCGAAGGGCCAGACAUUUGUGCGCAAGCAACUACUUGAUGCAAACCAAGUACGGCUUUUCUCCCUCACCCUGAAUCGACCAUACUUAUGGCCGGGGAGCUCCGUGCGACCAUUGAUGACUCUCGAGGAGGUGGAACCACAGGAGGGUUCGCCUUUACCGCCGGCAUACCAUUUAUGCUAUUUCACGCCCGCACAGCUACCGGGCAUCUUGGGGCAAGACGGGACCGAUGCCAGCUUCAAUCCCGACGCACCGUUUACAAGACGAAUGUGGGCGGGCGGAUCAUUCCACUGGCCGGGUGCUGAUCCUAACAAGAGUCGUCAGCGUGGUGGACAGGCGCUGCUCCGCGUUGGCGACACCGUCACGGAAGUCACUAGAGUGCUAAGCUGCGAGCCGAAGGUUAUCGGCAAAACGGGCGAGCCAAUGCUCGUGGUGGGCGUGGAGAAAGAGUUCCGCAACAGUCAAGACGAGCUAUGUGUACUAGAUAGGAGGAACUGGGUUUUUAAAGAAGCUCUCGAUCCCUCGAAGCCGGCGUCUUUGGUUCCCAAGCCACAGGAGCUGUCGAACGAGGCCUUGGAUGAAAGUGUCCAGGGGAAAUUGUGGCGGGAGUAUAAUCGCAACGAGGCCACGUUGCUCAGGUUCUCAGCAUUGACGUUCAACGCGCAUCGGAUACACUACGAUAAACCGUGGGCGACAGAGGUGGAAGGUCACAGGAAUGCGGUCGUCCAUGGACCAUUGAACUUGAUUGCGAUGCUGGAUCUGUGGCGCGACGAGGUCAGUGUAUACCGCGGGGUUGGAGAAGGGUCUGCGCAGGAUGACGAGGUGCUCUACUACCCGCAGAAGAUCGAGUACCGGGCUACUAGCCCUGUGUAUGCUGGAGAGGCUUACAGGGUGAUGUUGGAUGAGGGAGCCAGGGAUCAGGAGGCGGCUGAUAUCAGGGUGGUGAGCAACGACGGAACGGUGUGCAUGAAGGGAACUGUAACGGACUGGGCGCAUGGCAAUUAG